AUUGGAUAAUGCAUUUGUUUGUGAGUGUGGAGCCUGCUGGGGGCUGCGUGCAUAUCUAUUAAGACGCCGAACCAACCCAGCCCUUCUCCUCACAGCAUACUUUAUCAUCUUGUGUAUCACGCCCAUCUCUGUAAAUUGACCAUAAUUCUGCUGCCUUCUUAUCCUCGCAGACGGAAAUGGCGCUAAGCAUUGACGAGUCUCGGGCCCCAGAGGCCCUGUUCCUCGACUUAUCUGUGCAAAGGGUACUCGUCGGGACAGGACUUUGCCCCGUUGAGCCCUGGGCUACCUCGUACGUAAAUGCCGUACGCGACGGAAGGCUCGGAGAUGCGAUCUGGGCACGCUAUCACAUUUUUGGGAAUGUGGUAGACGGCAAACUGGAGGACGGAUCCACGAUUCUCGACAGUGUUGAGGAGGAAGCAGUGAGGUAUAAGAAAAGGGCUUCGCGCGAAUGGGCUGAUGCUGUGGCAUUUUACAAAAAGACAAGUAGUGCCGAUACUCAUCACGAGGUCAUCGAAGUUAUCCUUCGAGUUGAUAAACAGGAUGUGAGCGGGAUUCAGGUCUCGGACAGUGGAUAG